AUUUUUUCUACACAAAAGUGCUUCUUCAAAACAAAUUUGGGAGCUCGUUUGUUCGUCGUUUCAUACAGAAAUUCUGAGGGCAGAUUUUCUUCAUCCUCCGGACCUCUCUUCCCAUUUCCCUUUCUCCUCUGCAAAACGCGCCACAAAGCCACCAGGAGGAACCAUAGGAGAAAGCUGAAUUAAUUAUUUUGAUAAAUAAUCAGUGAGUGUGAAAAGUGUGGAAAUGCCAUCCCUACAGACUGCUCUACCUCCUGAACUUGCGAAUAAUGUCAUUAGGCUUUACCGUGAGUGCCUUCGAAGAGCCAAGUUUAUCGGUCAUCGGCAACAUAACACCGAUCUUGUUGUUAGUAUGGUGAAGCAACAAUUCAGAAAAAACAUGCAUGAGACUGAUCCAGAGAAGAUUCAGAAGUUGAAAGAUGAUGCGGCAAGGGGACUCAUAAACCAUAUUCUAUACGAAUCCGAGAGACUGACAGGUCGAAAACUCAGCCAAAGUUCUUGAUGUUAUGGAGAACGACAUCGAGUAAAAGGUCCCCUCCCUUUGAAACUCUAGAUAUUGCAGGAAAAUAAGGUGGCUGAUCAUUAAAGUACUCCUUGGAUGUUAUUUUUGCUUUUAACUUCCCCAUUUCUACGAUUUGUUCAAGGAAAUCGUCCACUUUACAGUAAAAGUUGAACGUUUCCCCAUCAACAAUCUGCAUUUCAGUUCUACA